GCCGUAAGUAUGAGUUAAGCAGAGGCCAAUGCUUAAGGCCAAAUUCACCACUCCCCUCUUCGGGCCUCUCUCUCUCUCUCUCUCUCGCGUACACGCGCGCACAUACUGUGGCUGUGGCGGCAGACUCUCGGAGCAUUUCGCUUACCUCGAUGGCGACACCGCACACAAUCUUGUCUGACGAAGCCGAACCUAGGAUCCAAUUCGCGACCCUGCAGCAGCUCUUUAAGGAGAUCGAAACAACUACCUCGGACGAACUCGUUGUACAGAAUGUGUCUCGACAAGAUUAUGAUAGCAUCUCUCGGGAGCGCGAGGCCCGAACCCGCAAGUUUGGCCUUCGAUGCUACUACGCAGAUCUGCACCUCAUGAUUGUUACCAUCCCGAGGUGGGCCCACGAGCACAGCCAUACCUCCCUAUAUGGAGAGAUUUUUAUUUUGCUUCAUUUGAUGGGGAUAACUUCGGUAGAGUGGGGUGCUGGAGGUCAUACGACGUACGAACGACCUAAUGGGGACGCAGGCGAGGGGGACUCGACUGGCGUGCCGAUAAUACGUGCACGCGCUGGAUCUCAACCUUGGCCUACGUUGGUCAUCGAAUCUGGAUUUUCCCAAAGUUUGGCAUCUUUACGGACGAAAAUGCGGUGGUGGUUUUCUGCCUCGGGUCACGAGGUAAAAAUUGUCGUCCUGAUCAACUUAUGCCGCGCUCAGCGUAAGAUGGUCGUCGAGAAAUGGGUCGAAAGGCCAGUACCACUCCGUCCAGAACCAGCAACAACGCUCGACACCUCAGCCGCUCUAGAGCCUACUGUUCUUUGCGACCAGAUAGUUACCGUCGAGCCACGUCCCGCCAAUACUACCCACCAAGCCCCGGCGUCCUAUGUGGUGACUAGAGGCCCACUGCGACUGGAAUUUCACUUACUUCUGCUCAGGGCGCCAUCAGAGCCGGGCGAGGGCGAUGUGGUCGUGCCUGUCAGGUUCUUUGAGGGCCUAGCAGAGAGAGUGUGGCUACGGUAGCUGUCACGUAGCAAUUGAGUCAGCCCUUAUAAACCUACAUACCGCAAAGCGUAAGUGUAGGCGUCUACGUUUUACGCGACAAUACCACUGGGUGGAACUGGCGAAGUUGUUUUCUUGGUGGAUUGGAAGGAGGAGAUCUGAUC